AAACACAAAAAAUCCGGUCAAAAAGCAAACCUGCGCAGUAAAUGUGCCGUUUUCUCCUUCCUGCAGUUUUUUUUGUGGCUAUCGUUGUUUCAGGAGGUCGUCGGAUCCGCCAGCAGUAGAGGAUUUGGAGAUAACAUCCACUGGAGGACGCUGGAUGACGGCAAGAAAGAGGCCGAGGCAGCGGGCUGGCCUCUCAUGGUCAUCAUCCACAAGAGCUGGUGUGGAGCCUGCCAAGCACUGAAGCCCAAAUUUGCUGAAUCCAAGGACAUUUCUGAACUGGCUCACAACUUUGUGAUGGUCAACCUGGAGGACGAGGAGGAGCCGAAGGACGAGGCCUUCAGCCCAGACGGGGGAUACAUUCCUCGGAUUCUUUUCCUCGAUCCCAGCGGCACAGUCCAUCCAGAAAUCAUCAAUAAAAACGGGAACCAAUACAAGUACUUUUACAGCAAUGCAGAGCAAGUCGUGUCCGGUAUGAAGGAGGCCCAGGAGAAGCUGACGGGCGACGCCUUCAAGCAGCUCCACACCGGAGACGAGCUGUGAGGCGGCGGCGGGGCGGCGGGCUGUAAGGGCUACACUUCCUCCACCACCAAACCAACCCCUUCCUCUGUUUCUACCCCGGCAGUGGGUCCAGCUCACUGACUGAACCAAGCCAACCCUCAGAGGUGCUUCAGUCCUUCCCUCUCGACAACCGAUGUUUUCUAGACGCCAUAUUACUGUACUUCGUGUCUGUAGAGGAUGAAACCGACUCCAGCUAGCCACGUUAACCUUUUCAACACGCCAAGAUUUUGAAACGGACUGAAAUGUCUAACC